ACUGGGGCAGGGACCAAAUUGAAGGCGGCUAGAGAGGCAGGCUGUGGGGUUGCCAGGGAGCGGCCGGCGGCUGACUUCCGUUUCCGGCCUCUGAGGCACGCGGAUUCGGUGUUGUAACCCAGCGGGAAAAUGCGGCCUUUAACUGAAGAAGAGACCCGCGUAAUGUUUGAGAAGAUAGCGAAAUACAUCGGGGAGAACCUUCAGCUGCUGGUCGACAGGCCCGACGGCACCUACUGUUUCAGGCUGCACAACGACCGUGUGUACUAUGUGAGUGAGAAGAUCCUGAAGUUGGCCGCCAACAUCUCUGGAGACAAGCUGGUGUCGCUGGGGACCUGCUUCGGAAAAUUCACUAAGACUCACAAGUUCCGGUUGCACAUCACGGCUCUGGAUUACCUUGCACCCUAUGCCAAGUAUAAAGUGUGGAUAAAGCCUGGAGCAGAGCAGUCCUUCCUGUAUGGGAACCAUGUGUUGAAAUCUGGACUGGGUCGAAUCACUGAAAAUACUUGUCAGUACCAGGGAGUGGUGGUGUACUCCAUGGCAGACAUCCCUUUGGGUUUUGGGGUGGCAGCAAAGUCUACACAAGACUGCAGGAAAGUAGACCCCAUGGCGAUUGUGGUAUUUCAUCAAGCAGACAUUGGGGAAUAUGUGCGGCAUGAAGAGACUUUGACUUAAAACGAAAUCAUCGCGAGGACUUAUGGCUGUGUGGAAGGGCCUAGCUUUCUUUCCUGUGUCUGUGUAGGCUCCAUCAUCAUGUUGAAUUUUGUCAACACUGUGACUUCUUCAGGGACUUCUUAGUUUAAUAUUCUCUCUAUUAUGGACGAAUGCAGGCUGGAUUCUUAUGCGGAAAUGGCUCAAAAACAGUGUUUCAGAUCUUUGCGUUUGUGACUAAAGAGAAUACUGUGUUUUAUAUUUGAAUCAAGGGGCUUCUUGUCUUGAGUAACAGGUUCUAAGUCAUUGGAACUGAGGACAAGGAUAGCUAGCUUAUUGUUAUCUGUGAUAACACUGUUUUCCAAACUCAUGAUAAGAACAAGUAGAUUUUCUUCAUUAUUUAUUAAUACCAUGGAAGUCAGAUAUUACCAUAUUAGAAUGGUAGGUCACAUAUGGGACUUUACAAAUGAAAUUUGGACAAAAUAACAGCAAUUUGUUCUGCCAAUCUUCUAUAUAGUAGGUUCUGUGUGGUGUGGGAGAAAACCUUGGGUUCAAACCCCGGUUCUGACACCUGCCAGCUGUACGGCUUUAGAGACGCCACUCAACUUUGAUAAGCUUAUUUUCUUCUGCUUCAAAAAACAGCUUUCACCAUCUACCUAAGAAUGGUUUUUAGAAUUAGAAAUCACAUUUGUAAAGCACUUAGCACAGUGCCUGGCAAAUGUUAGGUGUUAAAUAAAUGGUAAGAAUUAUUUUUAUGUCGUAUAUACCGGGUAUUUCUAUUACUAAGGAUAGGAUCUCCUGUCGUGAUAGUGUAGUUUUGAUGAUAUAUCUUGGUUCUUGUUCUCCUUUUUCUUAGAUGGUAUGAUCCCAGGCUAAUGUUAUUUUCAUCACCUUGAUUUCUUAAAAUGUGAUUUCCCUUACCAACCUUUAUUUACCUGACUGGACUAGACAGAAAGCACUAAUCAUAGACACUGAAAUAAUUCAGCUCCUCCCACCUUGCCCAUGCCUGCCAAAAUUAUUUUUGGAAUUAUUAAAAUGUUUUUUUAAUGAAAAAAUUCCACUAAGUUUUUUUUUUAAACUGCCUGUAUUAUAAAGCAUUUCUUUAAAUACACUUUUUUCCUGCUUAUUUUAAAUUCCAAAGGUGACAUCUCUAAAAAUAAAAUUUUCAACUACAAAAAA